GCGCGCAUCGAGGCCAUGGACCCUGCCACUGUCGAGCAGCGGGAGCGCUGGUUUGAAAAGGCCCUGCGAGACAAGAAGGGUUUCGUCAUCAAGCAGAUGAAGGAAGACGGCGCCUGUCUCUUCCGGGCUGUAGCCGACCAAGUAUAUGGUGACCAGGACAUGCACGAGGUUGUGCGAAAGCACUGCAUGGACUAUCUGAUGAAGAAUGCAGACUACUUCUCCAACUACGUCACAGAGGACUUCACCACCUAUAUAAACCGGAAGCGAAAAAAUAACUGCCAUGGCAACCACAUCGAGAUGCAGGCCAUGGCAGAGAUGUACAAUCGCCCCGUCGAGGUGUAUCAAUACGGCACAGAACCCAUCAACACAUUCCAUGGGAUCCACCAAAACGAGGAUGAACCCAUCCGUGUCAGCUACCAUCGGAAUAGCCACUACAACUCGGUGGUGAAUCCCAAUAAGGCCACCAUUGGCGUGGGGUUGGGCCUACCAUCCUUCAAACCGGGGUUUGCAGAGCAAUCCCUCAUGAAAAGUGCCAUAAAAACAUCAGAGGAAUCAUGGAUUGAGCAGCAGAUGUUGGAAGACAAGAAACGGGUCACAGACUGGGAGGCCACCAAUGAGGCCAUUGAGGAGCAGGUGGCUCGGGAAUCCUACUUGCAGUGGCUCCGGGAUCAGGAGAAACAGGCCCGCCAGGUGCGUGGCCCCACCCAGCCCCGGAAAGCCAGCGCCACGUGCAGUUCGGCCACAGCCGCAGCCUCCAAUGGCCUGGAGGAGUGGACCAACCGGUCCCCGCGGCAGCGGAGUUCAGCUUCAUCUCCUGAGAACCCUGAGCUGCAUGCUGAGCUGGGCAUUAAGCCCCCUUCUCCAGGCACUGUCCUAGCGCUUGCCAAACCUCCUUCACCCUGUGCACCAGGUACAAGCAGCCAGUUGUCAGCAGGGGGCGAUCCGGCCAACUCUCCUCUCGUGUCCCUCUACCCUGCUCUGGAGUGCCGGGCUCUCAUUCAGCAGAUGUCCCCUUCUGCCUUUGGUCUGAAUGACUGGGAUGAUGAUGAGAUCCUAGCAUCGGUGCUGGCAGUGUCCCAACAGGAAUACCUAGACAGUAUGAAGAAAAACAAAGUGCUCAGAGACCCGCCCCCAGACAAGAGUUGAUGUGGAGACCCAGGGACUGGAGGCUGUCUCCCAAACCCACCACUCCUGCCCUUUGGUGCCACCCUCACAUUCUUUGGCUUUCUUCUCUGUUGCCAUCUUCCCUUUGCCCUCUUGAGAGCCCCUCCUCUGCCUCGCUCUCACUUCCCCCUGGCUGGCCCACCCCUGUGCCCCCUCUCAUCGCUGCCACCACCACCGUCUCUGCCAGCUGAUGUGUCCUGUUGCUCCCCGCACAGCAUCCUCCCUGCAUUCCACAGGGGACUUGGGCAAGGGUGCCGAACGUAGGUGAGAGGCACGCAGAGAUACCACCUGGCAGCCAGGCAGCCCCAGAGGAAAGACAUUCAGACAGAGCAAACAACUGUUCAUUCCUUUCAAGAUCAGAGAAAAACUUGUUCCUCUACCCCAAAUGAUACCAGGGAGGUGGGGAAGAGAAGCCAGGAAUCCCCUUCCCAGUACCCCAAGAUUGUCUGAGCCUUCAAUGUUGAAUUUUUCUUUAUUAAAAUUUACUUUUAUCUUUAAAAAAAAGCAGCCAUAUAAAUGAGAAGCCAAC